AUGCUCAUGGGCGCCUCGAAGGAGCGUUGCAUCUUUCGACCGCCCAUCAGUGAUCCUAAGCCAUCGUGUCAGAUUGGCUUUGGUUCCGGUUAUGAGGCUCCGGCCGCCUUCACCCCCAUCGAGGCGAGCGAAGAUCUGGAUGAGUUAAGCGCAGACGAGCUCAAAGAGUGCCUCAAGGAAUACGGUGUCAGCCAGCAUGGGCGAUGCUGCAAUCAACGUGGUCUUCUCUUGGAGCUGGUCAAGAAAGUCGAGGUGGCUCUGCCUCUCUUGGGAAGAUGGGAGUACGGGCGGCAUCCGAAUCGGAAACACUACGAGAUCAAGCUUCUGCAGAAUGGUUCCCUUAAGUGGGAAGGCCCCCAUUCGCGAGGCGGCAUGCUGUCCGGCGUGCUGGAGGAGGACGAGGAUGGCUGGUACUUUGCCCAGCUGAUCACUGGCCAGAACGAGCCCAUUGGCUCCAUCCGCGUGCGCCAUCACGCUUCCAGCAGGGAUGCAGUCGUGUCCAACUUCCGCAGCUAUUCGAUGGGCGAGUGGGGAAGCAACAUCGUUGCUGAGAGGCACGGUGAGGAGCAACCGCGUCGAAGGCCAGCCUUUGAGGCUGCAGAGCCCGAGGAGCCAUCAGUGGUGGGCCCGGCUGCUGCGCUGAGUGCGGCAGAGGCGAAGCUGGCUCUUAAGGGGUAUGGCGUCACCAAGCUAGAACGGUACGACAGCAAGGAGCAGUUGGUCGAACUACUGGAGACUGUCGAGAACUCUUUGCCUUUGAUAGGAACCUGGGAGCAGGGCCGGAGUGGGAAGCAGUAUGAGAUCCAACAUACCGAAGACGGACAACUGCUUUAUGAAGGUCCACAUAUUCUGGGUGGCACGCUGGUUGGAGUCCUCUACGAGGAAGAGGGCUGGCUGAGGGCAGAGCUUCUGACAUGCAAGGAGGAAUCCGAGCUAGUGGGGUCUGUCCGAGUUACGCAUGGACCGGACUGGCACGAGAUGACGCUGAGCUUCAAGCCCAGUAGCUCCAGCCAUUGGGGCACAGACGUCGUCGCCAAGCGCCUCUCCGAGGAACUCCAUCCGCACAGGCCCAAGAUGCCCAAAGCUGAGAGCGAUGCAGAGGAGGAAGUCUUGGAAGCCCAGUACUGGGAGUCCUUGGAGGUUCUCAGCCAAGCCUUGCGCGUGGAGCAUGCCGCCGCACCACCAAAAGAACGCCGUGCGAAGUCGUGGGCCCGUACGCUGGCCUUUGCCCAGAUGACUCUGGGAAUCCGCGGAUAUCCUAUGCGCCCAGGAGCGGAAGACAAGCCUUUCGUGAUCUGGCUCUUGGGAGCUACGGAUGAGGUCGAGGUAUCACUUGCAGAGCAAGGCUUCUUUAAGGAUGUGAACUGGCUUGAUCGAGCGCGUACAAAGCUGUACAUCAUCGGCGAGAACCUGCUGGAACACUUCGUUCCUGAAGAUGCAGAGAAGGCUGCUCGAAGACUGGAUGACACUGGUCCAAGCAACGCCUCCGUGACAAAGGAAGAUGUGGCAAGUUACAUCGUCGUUUAUUCCCGCGUUUUCGUGAGAGAGCAGCCUGCGGUUGAUGCAAAGUACGUGGGCGAUCUUUUCGAAGGUACCGAAGUGCGCGGUCGUGAAGAGGGUGGCUGGUUACGGCUGGAUGCGGCAAGCGCUGCGCUGUGCACCCGAGUGCGCCAGCGCCACACGGGAGGCCCAGCCUGGGUGCUGAUCCAUGGCGGCCAGCUCGGUCUUGGGACCUUCCUGCAGAAGAAGCAGCAAGGAGAGAUCAUGAUGGAAAGGCAAGAAGGAGAUCCACGACUACUUCCGGGAAUUCGCACGGCUUGCUAUGAAGAGAUUGGUGAGCUGGUGCAAACUGAACCGCCGGACCUCAUCGCCCUCCUGAUGCCUAACUUCAUGAGAACAGACGUCGAGGAUCCGCCUCAAGGAUACGUUCCAGAUCAAGUGCUGGACUUGCUGCCCCGCGAGGCUGUGGUGGUGUUCUCCAGUCGCUUCGAACUCCAGGAGAAGGUUCUCCAAGGAGUGGUGUCUGACCUGGUCCUCCCGCAGAUCCGCUGUCCGUUCUCUGCUGGCGCCGGUGAUCCGCACGUGCAUUACGACGACAAUGGUUGGAUCUUUGCGACAAGAGCAUCAGCCAUGUCCCGUAUCCUUCGACACGCCCCCUCCCCUAGCACGCUCCGAGAGAAUGGUAAGGGCAAGGUCAAGACUUUGUUCUGGGGCAUCGUGGAUUUGAAGUACGACGCCUUCAAGCCGGUCUUGGAUCGGAUACAAGUUCUGGAGACAGGUGAUGGCCGAAUCUCCAAGUUUUCAGGUGAUGGUGCACCGAUCCAGAAGACCUUUGAGGCACAGUACCAUUUGGAAGAGGAAGAUGUGGAAUUGCAGACAUACAACUUCAUCUCCAAGGAUAAGAAGCUCACGCAUGACCUUUUCGACGUCACAGGCUUUGCCCACGUCAUACCAACCCAGGUGUGCUUCCCGCGUGUCUACUAUGCUGGAAUUGCCAGUCACAUUGCAGCGGAGCUGGGAGUAACAGAAAACGAUCUGGUGGUGCUCAAGCUCUGCAAUAGAUCCCGGGCAGCAGGUGUUCUGAUUGCACCCGUUCAUGAGCUGGAUGAGGUCUUGCAGGACAUCCUCGAGCCGCCUGAAGAUCUGGAGGCUUGGUUUCGGCCUCGGCUGCAACAUUUGGCCGGUGCUGCUGGGGACCUCGUGACCAAAGACUCUUAUGAGGAGCACGUCCGCCACUGGUGGGCAAAUGAGAGUCCCAGCUUUGUGGCUGCGGCUUGGACUGCAGCGGGGUCGGGAGCCUCCGAGUCCCUGACGCCUGAAGACAUUCAGGUCGAUUGGCUCGGCGGCUACUGGAAGCUGCCACACGCGGACAUGACCUCCGAUCACGUCCGGGAGCGCCUGAUCAGCCAGGCGAAGACUGGCACAGCCAUCGUCAAGCGCUACAUCUUGACCGAGGUCUACGCUGUUUUGGGUCCCGCUCUGCAGCAGCUCUUUGGAGCCGCGGAGUUCACACCCGAGCGGCUCAAGGAGCAGUACAAGAGCCAACCCGAACUUGCUGCGUAUCUCACUGCAAGACGUGCGAUGACGAUGAGCACUCCGGAGCAGCGCUUGCGUGAUCUGCGUGAUGUCGAGGCAUCCAUAGCAAGAUUCACGUCGAGCCCAGCGAAAUCUUGCGUCGCCUCUUUCGUGCAUCGUGCUCAUGGCGUUCUGCUUGCUCGGGGAAGUGCUCCUGAUCGUUGGAGAGACGCGCAAGAGCACUUUGCAAAGGCUUUGGACUCCUUCCCCUCAAACUCCAAUGCGCUCUUCCUUCUGGGAAUGGCCGCUCUGGAGAUGGGUCUGCUGGAGAGUGCGGUGGAGCUCAUGAACAAGAGUUUGCUGCUGGAUCCCGAUUUUCGCGCACCUUACGUGAACUUGGGUGUUGCCUACUUGCGGCAAGCAGCCCAGAUCUCUGAAAACUCGCAGCGCCAAGAGGACUUGUACCUCCGUGUGAUAGAGGUGUCAGAGUCGUGUCUUGCUCGCCACCCGGCAUCGCCGCAAUGUCAGUACCACAUUGGCGUUGCCUGCACCCAGCUUGCGCUGAUGCUCCAAGCCCAUGCCACCAACGGCGGCCACCUUCGCUUCAGAGAAUACCGAAGCCGAGCACGUUCUGGGCUCGAGGAAGCAAGGAGCAGUCCGGAGGCACAUCGGCGUUUGAACGAUUGGCAAGAGGCCCAAGCGAAGGGCAAACCAAAGAAGCAACAAGCACCAUGGCUUGCAGUGGACGACAAGAUGCUUCAGGCAAUGGAGGUGGAUAUGAUUCGCGGUCAGACGCUGAAGUCGAUUAAGCUUCCCGACUUCAUCGGCUGGCGCUUGCCGUUCUGGCGUGUGUGA